CACCCACCCACUUUUUGGCCGACACGACUGGACGUCAGUCAAAGUCAACUUAGUCAAGACCCAACAGUCGAGUCACCGGCGACGAGAGCCCCGAGACGUGGCAGCGAGCGAGCGAGCGAACGGCAUGACCACGCAGGCUUAAAAGCGUGCACUUCAAUGACCCACCUCAGGAGCACGCAGACAUAAAUGGUGCUCACUGGCAGGCUGGGGACUGCGGCUACAAGAAGUGCGACUGCGACUGCGACUACAUCUUGUUGGACUUGGACUCGACCCAGGCCCAGGCCCAGGCUUCUUCCCUGGCGCGUCGGAUUCAGAUCUUGCUCAACAUCGCCAGGGCCCGCCGACCUCGUCAAGCCCGCCCCGAAAAGCCCCUCCAAGAUCAUACACAAGUUCCCUGGGACCCGCCCUGUCCCUUACACUCGCGGCCCAAAAGCUGUCGGCUCAAGAUAUAAAGGACACUACUACCUCCUUUUACCUGACAAAAAGACCCGUCGGCCGGUUCCCGGGCCUCGAACGCUCAUAGUUCCGAUGCUUAUCCAGGUCUCGAUCCUCGGCACGGCCACGGCCGAUACACCGGGUGUCUGCAUCGUGCUUAAAAGCAACGACACGCGCUACAUCUUUGGCCAUGUCGCCGAGGCCACCCAGCGCCUCAUCGUCCAGCGCAAAGCAGGCCUCGUCAAGUUGCGGCACAUCUUCCUGACGGGCAAUAUCGAUUGGCACACAGUCGGCGGCCUGCCGGGUACGCUCCUUAGUGCUGCCGAAGCUACCGAGCACUUGAGGGCCGCCGCUAGAGCCUAUAACGAGAAACGCCGGGAGAAGGGCAAAGCUGGCAAAGAGAAAGACCCCCGCUCCCACGGCAUCCACAUACACGGCGGACCAAAUCUGACGCACAUGCUUGCCGCGACCCGCAACUUUAUCUACCGGAAGAACAUGCCCAUCAAGCUUGACGAGAUUUGCCACGACACGCGCGGGACCGCCGGGACCACCAGCUGCAAACCCGACUGGGAGGACGCAUACUUCCGCGUUUGGAAUGUCCCGCUCACGGCGGCUGGCCCUUCCAUUUGCCGGACCCCAGGAUCCUCUGAGUCUCUGGUACCUCAAAAGCGGAGACUGAGCACAUCUUCGGAGCCGGAUCCAGGCGACGCCGCCCGGCUCGAAACGGGCCAGGUCUCCGACGCUGACAGGUCCGAGGCUGACCGGCUCAUUCGGUCGUCCAUCGUCGAGAGUAUGUUCUCCAUGGAUGGCAAAGACAAGACACCGAACAUUCUAGUGCCACUGCCCCUCUCCGACGUCAGACUGCCGGCCGAAAUGUUCGUCCGCGAGAAUAACGAGUUUAUAAAGUACGAAGGUCCAGUUCCCGAUCCUCAUAACCCCCAAGCUGUCGUUUUUGUACAGAGACAAUUUCUCGCGGGUUCUCUAGCCAGACUCCCGGGUACGCAGCCAUGCUUCGAUUCCAUGUGCUACAUUGUCAAGAGCCACCCGCGCCGUGGUAAGUUCGAUCCCGAUGCGGCACGUAGUUACGGCCUCGAAAAGCUACAAUACCGUCUUCUCACAUCGGGGGAAACCGUGACGGGGAAGACCCCCCCCGGAGUCAUCGUUACCCCCGACAUGGUCAUGUCGGCCCAAGUCGAGGGCCAAGGCUUCGCAGUCAUUGAUAUCAGGAACCUAAACCUGAUUGACAGUCUUCUCGCUCGCCCGGAGUGGACCAACGAGGAGAUCAUGCAGGGCAUUCAAGUCAUGUACUGGAGUCUCGGCCCCCGGAUCAAGGACGACUCGAGGUUGGCCGCCUUUAUGCAGAAACACUCGUCCAUCAAGCACAUCCUACUUGGCCAAGACGUCUCACCAAACACACUGGCUUUCACGUCUACGGCUGAGCAGUUCAUCAAGCUCAACGCCAUUGACCCUGAUCGCUUUCCACUUACAGUCUUCUCGAACAAACCAAGCGAGCUUUCCGAGGAACUGUCGUCAGUGGCCGAAGUCGGGGAGCCCAGUGCGGCCUUCUUGCUUGCUCCCAAACCGGGCGUCGUAAAGGGAUCGGAAGAACCCUUGAUAGACACGACCCUCCCGGCCAGGGAGGUCAUGACCAAUGCAGCCAUCAUGUCCCUCGUCGAGUCUGCGCGGCAAAGGAUUGCGGACCCUGCUUUCCUCUUGCAGAUGGACUCGGCCGAACGAGGCAUGCCUGGCCGCGACGUCGAAAUCGUCACCCUAGGCACCGGUUCGGCCCUACCGUCCAAGUACCGCAACGUUUCGGCCACCUUGAUCCGUGUCCCCGGUCAUGGCAGUUACCUCCUUGACUGCGGCGAGAACACGCUCGGGCAGCUACGGCGGUCGUACGGUUACGAGGGUGCAGAUGAGGUGCUCCGCGAUUUGCGCGCCGUCUACAUCAGCCACUUGCAUGCCGACCAUCAUCUCGGUAUCGUCAGUGUGCUUGCUCGGCGACACGUGUUGGUCGGGAACACCAAGCCCCCAUACCCCCUCUCCGUCAUCGCCACGACGAAUUUACUUCGCUUCCUAGACGAAUUCAACGAAGUACAGGAUUUCGGCUUCCGUUCUAGUUCUAUCCACAAAGUCUUUACUACGAGGCUCAAACACAAGAGCAGAGAAUAUGAAUGCCCGCGGAGGGUUGCGCCAGAAACCACUGCCGGUAUGCAUGCUCACCAGAAGUCGGGGCUGCCGAACGUCGAUGUUUGCAUGGUGAGACACACGCCCGAAGCAACGGCGGUUGUCUUGACCUGGCCCGAGUCGGCCGGCGGCCUCAAAAUCGCCUACUCAGGCGACUGCCGGCCCUCGAGCGACUUCGCCAGUCUAGGCCGCGGCGCCGACCUCCUCAUCCACGAGUGCACCUUUGACAAUGAAGUGGACCACGCUAUCGCCAAAAGCCAUUCAACCAUGCCCGAGGCGCUCGGCGUCGCCCGAAAUAUGGGCGCCCGCAAGCUCCUCCUCACGCACUUCUCCCAGCGCUACCCCAAGCUGCCAGUUAUUGGCGGCGGCGGAGACGGAGGCGAGGUCAGAAACGAGGACGGCAGCCUGCAGUUCGACGGCCCCAUCCUCUCAGCCUUUGAUCUCAUGCGCGUCAAGCUGGGCGAUUUCAGAAAGGCCCAGCUCUUUGUCCCGGCAAUCCAAGAGCUGCUGAACGAGACGGUGGAAGGGCCCGAGGAUGUAGGCGAAGAGUUGGACGAGUUGCUGGCCGAGCAAUAGGCAACGGUCUUUGGAAAUUGGAUGGCGGCGAGAUGUGUGCAAAAAACAUGCUCAACUCAACCUACAACUUGGGCUGUACCUUGUAACUCAAAAAGUAAUCCUUCUGUUUAUGUGAGCUCUGCUUCGGCUGGGCCUGUAUUAUUUUGUAUUACAAGGUAGCUCAAUUACGGAGUAUUAUCGGGCAUCUACUUUCGUAGUCCCCUUACCCCAAAGCUCAGCACGAAUGAAUAUCUAAGUAGGUGUAUCAUUACCUUCUGUAGACUCCGUUCAGUUGUUAUCCAUCAAGCAUGCGCCGCGGCCGCUUAUAGAGAGAGCUGUAGGGCAACCGAUACAAGCUCGCGAGGAAGCAUUUCGUAAGGAGAGAACGAAUGCAGUCGGAAUACGGAUACAUAGGUAAACACCGUGUGUCAACG